GUACGUUGGCGAAGCGUUACGAAAAGUGUCAUCGGGCGUUGCGAACGGUAGUUGAAAAGAAGAUAUGAGUUUGUGGAAAUAGAAUGAGAGAGAGUUACGGUUCGUAUAUUACUGAAGGAGCAAAAGAGAACAUAUAUAAUAUGAUUGGAGCUAAAGAAGUUUUACUUCAGUCGUGUGGUCUCAAGCGCACUAAUUUCUUUUAUGAAGACAUUCAUUGCUUACAACCUGGCAACCUUGCCCUUAUAAUGAAGUCCCGUAUGCUCCUAACCUCAAAACCAGCGAAAUGACAUCUGUCAACGUUACCUGACGCUGUCAAUAAAUAGAAAAUUUCAAAACAAACCGAAUUCAAGCUAAGUUCCAUGUAAAAAUCCCAAAUUUUCUGAAUAAAGCCGAAAUUUUCUGGUUUAGUUGAGGGGCCACAGAACCCCUUUGGCAUCACCAAAGUGCAGUACUUGCAUGGCAAAAAGAUGUCCUUCUUUGGGUCGCCCCCUUCGAAUGCUUUUAAUAACCACGAAUACGAUUUUGACGAGGAGAGAGCGGAGGAGGACGACGAUAAGGAGCAGGAUAAAGGCCAAUUUGAAGGUAGCGAUGAGGACACUGAAGAUGCUAGCGAGACAGACACAGGUCCCCAAGAAGAACAGUUGGAAAUCAAAGAACAAAUGUACCAAGACAAACUGGCCAGCCUAAAAAAGAAACUUUCACAGCUUAAAGAUGGAACCCAUCCAGAAUACAAUAAAAAAGUAAGAAAAUUAGAAUUUCAGUAUGCUGAGAGGCUGAAAAUCAACGAAAUCUACAGAGAAUACAUGAUAGAGUAUAUUAAAAGAGAUUACGCCCAAGAAAUUAAGGCGGCCGCCAAAGACUUUGAAGAGAAAAAGAUUGACCUACGGGAGACGUUGAUUUCAGAUUUAGACGACAAAAAGAAAACUAUUGAAUCUGAGAGGUUAACAAUGGAGCUCACAGGGGAUUCCAUGGAGGUAAAACCGGCGAUGACAAGAAAACUGCGUAGAAGACCUAAUGAACCAAUACCCAUGCCCGAAAAGAGAAGGAAAGUUCCAAUAACACAAAUCACUUAUUUGUUAGAUGAGAAAGAUAUUGAGCAUGAUUUAAGACUGAUCAAAGAAAAAGUGGCAAUGCCAGUGAGAAAAUUAAGUGAAAGUUCCUCCUCUAUGAGCAGCCCGAGUCAUAAUUUUAACACAAUUGGAGGCUUACAGUCGGUGAGCGAACAACAAAAUCUGAUUGAAACUCGAAUCGAAGAUGGAAAACUUUUGUAUGAAAAGAGGUGGUUUCAUCGAGGCCAGUCAAUAUUUGUUGAAGGUAAAGAUCAACCAAAAACUGCAGGCACGAUUUCCGCAGUGGGCAACGAUUUUAUAGUUGUAAAAAAGCAAAGUGGAGAAAAGUUAAGAUUUUUCGUUUCGAGUUUAGCCAGGGGGAAAAUUUCUAUAAAAAGGCGAGCCGCGUAGCAUGCAUUAAGCAUAAACCUGUAAAUUUACUUAGAUAAUAAGAUACCAAAUGCUUUUUAUUUUAAAUAUAACUUAUGAAUGAAUA